AAGUAAAUAUAGAUUACGAGCCCCCCACUUUAUCCACGUGACGUGUUAGCAUGUUAUCGUAUUCGGACUAUAGGGAGUACAACGAUAACGAAACGGUUGCUCCAACUAAGCACACUGCUAUUUUAAGUAGGGACAAAAACACAUCAGCUUAUUCGUUAUGUUAAAUGUUGUUGCCGGCCUUUCAAGCCAACUGACCCAAACACAAGCGCAUUUUACAAAAUGAUUAUAGAUUUGACGCACUGAUAAACGAUUACAUUGAGCCAGUUGACAUAAUUUCAUUGUCAGUCACCAUGAUAAAGGCGAACACGGCAGACUCCCGCUAGCUCGCAGUCAACACAGAAUAUUUCACGGAAAUGUUGCUGCCUUCACGGAAAGUUUUUUACUGCAUACUUCUAGUGUUAAUGUCAUUGGUAUCCUAUCACGCGUUUAAGACAUAUAACUUCACUAACAUCAUAUCGUUUGACUACAAAUCGUCUGUAACAUUAAAGAAAGUGAUUGAAAAUGUAGCAGGUGCUAGUAAAAGUGAUAUGAAGUAUAUAUUACAGUGGACUUCACCGACAAAUGUGCCCUUUGUGUACAUGGGACAGGGACAGGAGGGCUUCAUUGACAGAAAAUGUCCUUAUACAAAUUGUUUCGUGACGGCAGACAGAUCGUUCCUCAGCGAUCAUUCAAAGUUCGACAUCAUUGUUUUUGCUGGACCUGAAGCAGUGGGAUUAUAUAGUUUACCAACAAAUAGAUCCCCUCACCAAAAAUAUGUGUUUGCGACAAUAGAAUCUUCACACAAUUAUCCUGUGUGUUCGAAUCGUUUUGAUGGGUACUUUAACUGGACGUGGACGUACAAUUUAGACUCUGAAGUGCAGUGGGGUUAUUUUGCUAUCCGAAAUAGCAAUGGUGAUAAAGUUGGACCAAAGAAACAAAUGCAUUGGAUGAAGUUAGAAGACAUGGACCCUGUCAGUGAAGAGUUUAAGAAUGGGCUUAAAACAAAAACCAAAGCUGCUGCGUGGUUCGUUUCUAAUUGUUACACUGCAAGUCAUAGAGAAGCCCUUGUAAAGGAAUUAAAAUCAGAAAUGAACAAAUACGGCAUGGACCUUGAUGUAUACGGAAAGUGUGGUGAUCUAAAAUGUCCAAACCAAAAUGUGAAGGACUGUGAUAAGCUUCUAAAAGAUACGUAUUAUUAUUAUUUGUCAUUCGAGAAUUCUUCUAGCGAAGACUAUGUAACGGAAAAAUUAUUACACGCUUUGGAAAAUGAUGUGGUGCCUAUAGUGUAUGGAGGUGCUAAUUACACUCGAUUUAUGCCAGAUGGAAUUUAUCUCAACGCUAAAGAGCUAGAUGUGAAAACACUAGUAUCAAAAAUGAAUGAAGGUAUCACAAACGCCGACAAAUAUGCAGAGUAUUUCAGGUGGAAGAAUCAUUACUCUUAUCACAGGCAAUUCGAAAGUUCUGACACUGAUCCUUACUGCUUAUUUUGCACUCACUUAAACAACGAAGAAAUGGUUAAUAAAACUACAAUAUACAAAGACUUUCGUAAAUGGUGGGAUCCUCCUGAGCGUUGCUGAGAUUCCACUGGGCAUGAUACUAAAGAUUUUAUUAAAAGGAAAUGCUGAUCAAAUUUGUCUUUUGACGGUCAACAGGUUCAUUAUUUGGCAAGAGUGUCAAAAUGGUAGUCAACAAAAAAAAAGGUUUUUUGCAAUGGGCAUGCAUGAGACAAGAGUGGCUUACAAUAUUCGUGCCAAAGUUUGUUAACGAGGACUUUGCAUAUAUAUGUGCCAUAGGCUUUGUCGUAAAAUAAAGAUUUAAAUGCUCUUU